AUGGAUCUCCUCCCCAGUCAAAGUGUUCGAGUAAUCCUCGCUGAUCCUCUCCCCGUGCUCAAGACUCCUCAGCUGGUUCUGCGUCCCAUGGUUAACUCGGACGUCGAGGAUCUCUUCGCCAUCCGCUCAAGACCUGAAAUUGCGGCAAUGAACCAUCCCAAAACGCCCCACCAGUCCAUCCAAGAUACCCGGGAAUGGAUGGCGUCAAAGAUCUUCACCGAGGGUCCCGAAGACAUCCUUGGCGGUAGUUUCGCCUAUGCAAUUAUCGAACGAGGAUGCUCAGGAACUGCCUCGGAAGCAUCGCCAAGUGAUGGACGAGUAAUCGGAGCAGUCUAUCUGAAUGAACUCGUUCCCUGUCCAGAAAUCGGGUACUGCAUUCAGCCCGAAUACUGGGGUAAGGGAUACGCUACCGAGGCCUUGGGGAAGUUUCUCGAGGCGUGGUGGGCAUUACCUCGUCGAGAGCAACAGAGCUCCGGGAAUGGUGAAGAGGUCGAGAAGAUCUUUGCCAUCUGUGAGAAGCCGAAUAUUGGCUCCGUCAAGGUGCUGAAGAAGUGUGGGUUUAAGGUAUUUAGAGAGGCGAGAUAUGAGCAGGAUGAGCUGCUGCUUUGUGGAUUAGAAAAGCCCCGGGUUUGA